AUGGGAAAAGCACGCGAAAUUAGCGGUGAAGUGCGUUCUGCCAUCGUUGUUUUACAUAACGAAGACAAAUCCAAACGUGAGAUUGCUUUACAAUUGAAGUUAUCGAAGACUUGUGUUCAUGGCACAAUAACUAGAUACAGGGAGGCAGGCACUUUUGAAGAUCGUUCACGCUCGAGAAGGCCGAGAGCUACCACGGCAAGUGAAUAUCAUUUCAUUGUUGUUACCAGCAAGCAAAAAUAG